CUUGGCCUCCCAGAGUGCUGGGAUUAGAGGCGUGAGCCACCGCGCCCGGCCUGUUGUUUUUAUUUCUAAAGAUGGAAGGAAGAUUAUUUAUUUGGAAGAUAAAUUGUGAAUGUUACUUCCCAGUUUGUCAUUGGUCUUUUGACUUUGCCUAUGAUUUUUAUUUUUAUUUUUUAUUUUAUUUUUAUUUUAUUUUAUUUUUGCCAGGAACGAGUUUCAAAGAAUUUAUCUUUUUUAUAUUUGUAAUUUGUCUUUGUUGUAAUUUCAUGUGAUCUGGAUCUUUAGGUACAUGUUUCACAAUGGAUAGAAUAGAAAAGUUGGGAAUUACUUUUGUAUAGGAAAGAAAGGAAUAGAAUAGAAAAGUUAGGAAUUACUUUUUAUGUUUGCAUUCUCUAGCUGCUCACUUUUUUUGACUAUAUUUCAAGCCAACUGUCACAAACAGGGCAUCAUUCCAGGUCCUACUUUGGUUUCUUUUCUCACUCAAUACUAGAAAACCACAGAGUGCCAUUCCCAGCAUUUCAUCUAUCCCAUACUUGCCAUUUGUAAAAUAAGUGCCUAGUGAUGUUAAUUAUUUCUGUAGAAUUGCAUUUAUGCUCUUUUAAUUUUUCUGUAUUUGUGAUGAAUUUCCAUAGUCUGUGGACAGAUGUGCUCUGGGUGCUAUAGUCCGCUAAGUUGGAGUCGAGACCAUUUAUAACUUAACUCUUCGACCUAUUUAACUGUCUGCUUCCUUGCUCUUGGUUUGAGUUACUCUAAUUCCAGUUGCCUUAACUGUAAAAUUGGCUAAUAGAGCCAUGUACCUCCAGGGAAUUCAGUGUAUUGUUUAGAUGAUGAUUAGGUCUUAUUGAUGUUUUCAUAUAAGCUAUUAUAACAAAAUUGCAGUUCAAAAUGAAUGUAUAGGAAAAUGAUUUCUUUAGAAACUUAGAAUAACCAGAACAUUCUUAAAUUUCCACUUAUUGCAUGUUGAUGCAGCUUGAUUCUAUUCCCUGUAAGGAUGAACACUGCAGAAAGACUGAACAAGUGGUGCCAGCACAUCAUCAGAUCUCUUAUUGCAGAAGUUAUAAUUCGAAGAGAAAACAAUCUGCAAUAAGGAGUUCUGUCACAUUUUUAUGACGUUGCUCCGUAUUUUAAAACGGAGCCAGGCCUGCCACAGAUCCACCUGGAAGGGAACCGCCUUGUUCUCACCUGCCUGGCCGAAGGGAGCUGGCCUUUGGAGUUCAAGUGGAUGCGCAAUGGCCGCGAGCUCACCACCUACAGCAGCGAAUAUAAGUAUAUUAUUCCAUCUUUGCAGAAGCUCGAUGCUGGGUUUUACCGCUGCGUGGUGCGAAACAGAAUGGGAGCACUCCUGCAAAGAAAAUCAGAAGUUCAAGUCGCAUACAUGGGAAGUUUCACGGAUACGGACCAGAGGAAAACAGUUCCUCAAGGACGUGCAGCAAUUCUAAACCUGCUGCCCAUCACCAGCUACCCCAGACCUCAAGUGACUUGGUUUAGAGAAGGGCACAAGAUUAUUCCAAGCAACAGAAUAGCCAUCACGUUGGAGAAUCAGCUGGUGAUCCUGGCCACGACAGCCAGUGACGCCGGGGCAUACUACGUGCAGGCCGUGAAUGAGAAGAAUGGAGAAAACAAGACAAGCCCAUUCAUUCAUUUGAGCAUAGCAAGAGAUAUUGGCACACCUGAAACCACGGCCCCCACCAUUGUGGUUCCCCCGGGCAACAGAAGUGUGGUGGCUGGAUCCAGUGAAACCACCUUGGAAUGUAUAGCCAGUGCCAGGCCUGUGGAGGACCUGAGUGUGACCUGGAAGAGGAAUGGAGUGAGAAUCACCAGUGGCCUCCACAGCUUUGGAAGACGUCUCACCAUCAGCAACCCGACGUCCGCAGACACCGGACUGUAUGUCUGCGAGGCGGCGCUGCUGGGGAGCGCUUUUGAACCGGCCAGGGCGAAGGCCUUUCUUUUCAUCACAGAGCCACCAUAUUUUACUGCUGAGCCUGAGAGUCGGAUUUCAGCUGAAGUAGAAGAAACCGUGGACAUCAGAUGCCAAGCCAUGGGGGUCCCCCUUCCCACCCUCCAGUGGUACAAGGAUGCCAUCUCCAUCAGCAGGCUCCAGAAUCCUCGAUACAAAGUGCUCGCCAGCGGAGGCCUGCGCAUCCAGAAGCUGCGUCCAGAGGACUCCGGAAUCUUCCAGUGCUUCGCCAGCAAUGAAGGAGGGGAGAUCCAGACCCACACCUACCUGGAUGUAACCAAUAUCGCUCCAGUGUUCACCCAGCGGCCAGCAGACACCACGGUUACCGACGGGAUGACAGCCAUUCUAAGGUGUGAGGUGUCCGGGGCUCCCAAACCCGCCAUCACCUGGAAAAGAGAAAACCACAUUCUGGCCAGUGGCUCUGUCCGGAUUCCUAGGUUCAUGCUUCUUGAAUCGGGGGGUCUACAGAUCGCACCCGUCUUCAUCCAGGAUGCCGGCAACUACACCUGCUAUGCGGCCAACACGGAGGGCUCCCUGAACGCAUCGGCCACGCUCACCGUGUGGAAUCGGACAUCUAUCAUCCACCCUCCUGAGGACCACGUGGUGAUUAAGGGGACCACGGCUACGCUGCACUGUGGAGCCACGCACGACCCCCGGGUUUCCCUCCGCUACGUUUGGAAGAAGGACAACGUGGCCCUGACUCCAUCGAGCACAUCUAGGAUCGUGGUGGAGAAGGAUGGGUCCCUUCUCAUCAGCCAGACGUGGUCGGGUGACAUCGGUGAUUACACCUGCGAGAUUGUUUCUGAAGGCGGGAACGAUUCUAGGAUGGCCCGGUUGGAAGUGAUUGAACUGCCUCAUUCACCUCAGAACCUCCUGGCCAGCCCUAAUUCUUCCCACAGCCACGCCGUGGUGCUCUCUUGGGUCCGGCCCUUUGACGGAAACAGUCCUAUUCUUUAUUACAUCGUGGAGCUGUCUGAAAACAACUCUCCGUGGAAAGUGCAUCUGUCAAAUGUUGGCCCCGAGAUGACAGGCGUCACCGUGAGCGGCCUGACUCCGGCUCGCACCUAUCAAUUCCGGGUGUGCGCAGUGAACGAAGUGGGCAGGGGCCAGUACAGCGCUGAGACAAGCAGGUUGAUGCUACCUGAAGAACCACCCAGUGCUCCCCCGAAAAAUAUAGUGGCCAGUGGGCGGACCAAUCAAUCCAUUAUGGUCCAGUGGCAGCCGCCCCCAGAAACAGAGCACAACGGGGUGUUGCGUGGUUACAUCCUCAGGUACCGCCUGGCUGGCCUUCCCGGAGAGUACCAGCAGCGGAACAUCACCAGCCCGGAGGUGAACUACUGCCUGGUGACAGACCUGAUCAUCUGGACACAGUAUGAGAUACAGGUGGCAGCGUACAACGGGGCCGGCCUGGGCGUCUUCAGCAGAGCCGUGACCGAAUACACCUUGCAGGGAGUGCCCACCGCGCCCCCGCAGAACGUGCAGACGGAAGCCGUGAACUCCACCACCAUUCAGUUCCUGUGGAACCCUCCACCUCAGCAGUUUAUCAACGGCAUCAACCAGGGAUACAAGCUUCUGGCAUGGCCGGCAGAUGCCCCCGAGGCUGUCACUGUGGUCACUAUUGCCCCAGAUUUCCACGGAGUCCACCACGGACACAUAACGAACCUGAAGAAGUUUACCGCCUACUUCACUUCCGUUCUGUGCUUCACCACCCCUGGGGACGGGCCUCCAAGCACACCUCAGCUUGUCUGGACUCAUGAAGACAAACCAGGAGCUGUGGGACAUCUGAGUUUCACGGAGAUUCUGGACACAUCUCUCAAGGUCAGCUGGCAGGAGCCCCUGGAGAAAAAUGGCAUCAUUACAGGCUACCAGAUCUCUUGGGAGGUGUACGGCAGGAACGACUCUCGUCUCACGCACACCCUGAACAGCACGACGCAUGAGUACAAGAUCCAAGGCCUCUCAUCUCUCACCACCUACACCAUCGAUGUGGCUGCUGUGACUGCCGUGGGUGCUGGCCUGGUGACUUCUUCCACCAUUUCCUCUGGAGUGCCCCCAGACCUUCCUGGUGCCCCAUCCAACCUGGUCAUUUCCAACAUCAGCCCUCGCUCCGCCACCCUUCAGUUCCGGCCAGGCUAUGACGGGAAAACGUCCAUCUCCAGGUGGAUUGUCGAGGGGCAGGUGGGAGCUAUCGGCGAUGAGGAGGAGUGGGUCACCCUCUAUGAAGAGGAGAAUGAGCCUGAUGCCCAGACGCUGGAGAUCCCAAACCUCACGCCCUACACUCACUACAGAUUUCGAAUGAAGCAAGUGAACAUUGUCGGGCCGAGCCCCUACAGUCAGUCUUCCCGGGUCAUCCAGACCCUGCAGGCCCCACCCGAUGUGGCUCCAACCAGCGUCACGGUCCGGACUGCCAGUGAGACCAGCCUGCGGCUUCGCUGGGUGCCCCUGCCAGAUUCUCAGUACAACGGGAACCCUGAGUCCGUGGGCUACAGAAUUAAGUACUGGCGCUCAGACCUCCAGUCUUCAGCACUGGCCCAAGUCGUCAGUGACCGGCUGGAGAGGGAAUUCACCAUCGAGGAGCUGGAGGAAUGGAUGGAAUACGAGCUCCAGAUGCAGGCCUUCAACGCCGUCGGGGCCGGGCCGUGGAGCGAGGUGGUGCGGGGCCGGACGCGUGAGUCAGUUCCUUCAGCCGCCCCUGAGAACGUGUCAGCUGAGGCUGUCAGCUCGACACAGAUUUUACUGACAUGGGCUUCCGUGCCGGAACAGGACCAGAAUGGGCUCAUACUGGGCUACAAGAUCCUGUUCCGGGCCAAAGACCUGGAUCCCGAGCCCAGGAGCCACACCGUGCGAGGGAACCACACGCAGUCGGCCCUGCUGGCAGGCCUGCGCAAGUUCGUGCUCUACGAGCUCCAGGUGCUGGCGUUCACCCGCAUCGGAAACGGGGUCCCCAGCACGCCCCUCAUCCUGGAGCGCACCAAAGACGAUGCUCCAGGCCCACCAGUGAGGCUUGUGUUCCCCGAAGUGAGACUCACCUCCGUGCGGAUUGUGUGGCAACCUCCGGAGGAGCCCAAUGGCAUCAUCCUGGGGUACCAGAUUGCCUACCGCCUGGCCAGCAGCAGCCCCCACACCUUCACCACCGUGGAGGUCGGCGCCACAGUGAGGCAGUUCACAGCCACCGACCUGGCCCCGGAGUCUGCAUACAUCUUCAGGCUGUCCGCCAAGACGAGGCAGGGCUGGGGGGAGCCACUGGAGGCCACAGUCAUCACCACUGAGAAGAGAGAGCGGCCGGCACCCCCCAGAGAGCUCCUGGUACCCCAGGCAGAAGUGACCGCACGCAGCCUCCGGCUCCAGUGGGUCCCGGGCAGCGAUGGGGCCUCCCCUAUCCGGUACUUCACCGUGCAGGUGCGAGAGCUGCCCCGGGGCGAGUGGCAGACAUACUCCUCAUCCAUCAGCCAUGAGGCCACAGCCUGCAUCGUUGACAGACUGAGGCCCUUCACCUCCUACAAGCUGCGCCUGAAAGCUACCAAUGACAUUGGAGACAGCGACUUCAGUUCGGAGACAGAGGCGGUGACCACGCUGCAGGAUGUUCCAGGAGAGCCCCCGGGAUCUGUCUCAGCAACGCCACACACCACGUCCUCUGUCCUGAUACAGUGGCAGCCUCCGAGGGACGAAAGCCUGAACGGCCUUCUUCAGGGAUACAGGAUCUACUACCGGGAGCUGGAGUAUGAAGCUGGGUCAGGCACCGAGGCCAAGACGCUCAAAAGCCCUAUAGCUUUACGUGCUGAGCUCACAGCCCAAAGCAGCUUCAAGACGGUGAACAGCAGCUCCACAUCGACCAUGUGUGAACUAACACAUUUAAAGAAGUACCGGCGCUAUGAAGUAAUAAUGACUGCCUAUAACAUCAUUGGUGAGAGCCCAGCCAGCGCACCCGUGGAGGUCUUUGUCGGCGAGGCUGCCCCGGCCAUGGCCCCGCAGAACGUGCAGGUGACCCCGCUCACGGCCAGCCAGCUGGAGGUCACAUGGGACCCACCGCCCCCAGAGAGCCAGAAUGGGAACAUCCAAGGCUACAAGAUUUACUACUGGGAGGCAGACAGCCAGAACGACACGGAGAAAAUGAAGGUCCUGUUCCUCCCUGAGCCCGUGGUGAGGCUGAAGAACCUGACCAGCCAUACCGAGUACCUGGUCAGCAUAUCAGCCUUCAACGCCGCUGGAGAUGGGCCCAGGAGUGACCCCCGGCAGGGGCGCACCCACCAGGCGGCCCCUGGGGCCCCCAGCUUUCUGGCGUUCUCAGAAAUAACCUCCACCACGCUCAACGUCUCCUGGGGCGAGCCUGCGGCAGCCAAUGGCAUCCUGCAGGGCUAUCGGGUGGUGUACGAGCCCUUGGCCCCUGUGCAAGGGGUGAGCAAGGUGGUGACUGUGGAAGUGAGAGGGAACUGGCAGCGCUGGCUGAAGGUGCGGGACCUCACCAAGGGGGUGACCUAUUUCUUCCGUGUCCAAGCGCGGACCAUCACCUACGGGCCUGAGCUCCAAGCCAACGUCACGGCCGGGCCAGCCGAGGGGUCCCCAGGCUCGCCUAGAGAUGUCCUGGUCACCAAGUCCGCCUCUGAACUGACGCUGCAGUGGACUGAGGGACACUCCGGCGACACACCCACCACAGGCUACGUCAUCGAGGCCCGGCCCUCAGAUGAAGGCUUAUGGGACAUGUUUGUGAAGGACAUCCCACGGAGUGCCACAUCCUACACCCUCAGCCUGGAUAAGCUCCGGCAAGGCGUGACUUACGAGUUCCGGGUGGUGGCUGUGAACGAGGUGGGCUACGGGGAGCCCAGCAGCCCCUCCACGGCCGUGUCAGCUCAAGUGGAAGCCCCAUUCUACGAGGAGUGGUGGUUUCUCCUGGUGAUGGCUCUGUCCAGCCUGAUCGUCAUCCUGCUGGUGGUGUUCGCCCUCGUCCUGCAUGGGCAGAAUAAGAAGUACAAGAACUGCAGCACAGGAAAGGGAAUCUCCACCAUGGAGGAGUCUGUGACCCGGGACAAUGGAGGAUUUGCUGCCCUGGAGCUCAGCAGCCGCCACCUCAAUGUCAAGAGCACCUUCUCCAAGAAGAACGGGACCAGGUCCCCACCCCGGCCGAGCCCUGGCGGUCUGCACUACUCAGACGAGGACAUCUGCAACAAGUACAACGGCGCCGUGCUGACCGAGAGCGUGAGCCUCAAGGAGAAGUCGGCGGACGCGUCAGAAUCUGAGGCCACCGACUCCGACUAUGAGGACGCGCUGCCCAAGCACUCGUUCGUGAACCACUACAUGAGCGACCCCACCUACUACAACUCGUGGAAGCGCCGGGCCCAGGGCCGUGCACCUGCGCCGCACAGGUACGAGGCGGUGGCGGGCGCCGAGGCGGGCGCGCAGCUGCACCCGGUCAUCACCACGCAGAGCGCGGGUGGCGUCUACACCCCCGCCGGCCCCGGCGCGCGGACUCCGCUCACCGGCUUCUCCUCCUUCGUGUGAGCAAAGCGCCACACCUCCCUCAGGGCCGAACGGAGGCGAACUUUCCGGAGUCUAUUUUUGUUAAGACAAUCAACUCCAAUAACUGAGCUGAAGUUUUUGUUUAAAAAAAAAAAAAUCUGAUAAGUGAUGAUUUUACCUACUUGUGGACAUUAGAUUUCAAUUAGGAAGGUUUUUUUAAACGGCUUUUUGUAACAUCGCUGCAGGAAGCAGGUUUCUUUCUUUUUCUUUUCUUUUUAAGAGAAGGUGUAUUUCACUGGUACAAUGGCUUGGCACCGCCGGGGCCUGGGAGGACCUCAGACCUCCCUAGCCCUGGGUUUCUCCGUCUUCAAGACCAACUAGGAAGGCUCAAGCGGGGAGAGGGAAUGGAGGGUCAGGUGAGAUCUCAGAGCUGCCCCGGCUGGCCCCUGUCUCUUUCUACCUCCUCUUCCAGAGACCCAGCGGCUCACACCCUUCUCAACGCAGGACAUCCUCGGCUCACAGCUCCCUCCUGGGGUUUGAAGAGCAAACGUUUCUCCCUGGGCUCAGCGCGUUUUGUCCCAACUUCAUCUGUUUCUGAAAUGUUCUCACUUGGCAAUUUCUAAGCAAGGAGUCGGCUUUCGGGUUCCUGACGGCUGGACAGGGAUGCUAAGGUGUGAUUCAACUGUCACCGUCAGCGUCACUGCAGUGAUGCGGUCCUGAGGCUUUUCUGCCUGUCUUUCCCCCUUCCUUCCCACCUGACUAGGGAGGCCUCUUAAGGCUGGAAGCCACCACGCCAGCCUCUCCUUCCUGAACACAGCACACGGCCAACUCUGCGGGACACGAGGACAUGGGACGGCGUCCCCAGAAUUGCUUGUUAAGUAGGAAGCGUGCAUUGUUAACCAGAGUAUUUUUUAAAUCUUUUUAUCUUUUUUUAAACUAUGUCACAUGAAAUGCGUCUUUGCUGUCUCCAGGUGCCUUUUUAUUAAUUGUUCAGCUUUGUACAUGGGAAAAGAUGAAAAGCAACAGUCUCUGCAAAUAAAGCAAAACAGCUCUGAGAACACACGCUCCCGACUUGCCUCGUGCACACCAGGCCGUCCCCUCCCUCUGUCCUGGCUUCUGCCGGCCGCCCACGGCGGCCACCGCUUCUCCACCGCUGGCACUGCUGCUGCCCCCUCUCCCAGUCCAAGGCCAGCUUUUAGCCUUAACAGGUUUUCUGGAAACAUUUCAUUUUUUCUUUAAAAUUGUCAUUGUUUGGUUUAAA